AUGACAGAUUACGGCGAAGAGCAGCGCAAUGAGCUGGAGGUUCUCGAAUCCAUCUACCCCGAUUUCUUCACAGGCUUUGGGGCUUGGGAUCUAGUUCCAACUGAUAUGAGGGGGAGCAGAUUACUUGUAUUAUCAGAAAAUCCACCCAGUUUCACCAUUACUGUGACAUCUGAGGCUGGAGAAAAUGAUGAAACUGUUCAGACUACUCUCAAGUUUACAUACAGUGAAAAAUACCCAGAUGAAGCUCCCCUUUAUGAAAUAUUCUCCCAGGAAAACCUAGAAGAUAAUGAUGUCUCAGACAUUUUAAAAUUAUUAGCAGUACAGGCUGAAGAAAAUCUUGGUAUGGUGAUGAUCUUUACUCCAGUGACAGCUGUGCAAGAAAAAUUAAAUGAAAUAGUAGAUCAGAUAAAAACUAGAAGAGAAGAAGAAAAGAAACAAAAAGAAAGAGAAGCAGAAGAAGCAGAAAAGCAAUUAUUCCAUGGCACUCCUGUUACAAUAGAGAAUUUCUUAAGUUGGAAGGCCAAGUUUGAUGCAGAACUUUUGGAAAUUAAAAAGAAAUGGAUGAAAGAAGAGCAAGCAGGAAAAAAUAAAUUAAGUGGGAAACAGCUAUUUGAAACAGAUCAUAAUCUUGACAAAUCUGAUAUCCAGUUCUUGGAGGAUGCUGGAAACAAUGUGGAGGUAGAUGAGUCUUUGUUCCAGGAAAUGGAUGACUUGGAGCUGGAGGAUGAUGAAGAUGAUCCAGACUACAAUCCUGCUGACCCAGGGAGUGACUCCGCAGACUAAUGGACUAUCCCCAUCUACAGAGAAGCCUGACUGCCACAGCAUCUGUGGUU